AUGAACACAGACCAGAAGCAGGACCAUACGGCCUACCAUGAGCCGCAGGCAAUCCAGGAACCAGGCGCGCCUCCAGAAAGCCUCGGGCCGGGUCAACUCGCUGAGCCGCACGCAGAACAAAUCCCCGCAUAUGACCCACAGGACACGGGCUACACCACGAACGAGCAUCCGCACGAGAAGGCGCACGCACAUCCUGCUACUAGUAUCCCACUCGUCGCGCCUCCCUCGCACGGUGGGGCCGCUCGCAGCCACAGCCAUGGCAGCGACGAUCCUGCGGACCCAGGACACUACACGCGCGACCCGCACAAGCUCAUCGCGUACCUCAUCCCCUUCCCGAAGCCGUCCCUGAAGCACGUCCCCGCGCACGACGUCCCGGACCGCUUCCUCAUCUACACCCCGCCACCCCCGCCGCUGACGAAGCCGCCCGAGGGCGAGAAGGAGGCGAAGCUGCACAAGGUGCAGCGCAAGUGGCAGGAGGAGGUGCGGGAGGCGAAGAUGAGCGACGCGAAGGUCGCGAGGCUGAACGAACUGGUCCUCGUCUAUCCGUCGACGUCCCAAGACUCGCCCGAGGCCAUGCGCACCGAGUUCGUCAACAGCAUGCUCCGCACCAAAUCGAAGGCACAGAAGGACGCGGUCAUCGCGACCAGCCUCAUCCCCGUCGCGUUCGCCGUCGACGUCCUCGCGACGCUCAUCUGGCCGUUCGGCGGGCUCGCCGAGAUCGACGGCGUGUGGGCGUACGCGUCCUUCCGCGGCGCGAAGGUCGCGCGCUCGACGACGAAGCGGCUCCAGGCGGACGAGUCGGGGGACGAGGAUGGGAAGAGCGGGUCGAAGUCGAAGAAAGAGAAGCACCUGAAGCUCACCUUCACGCCCUCCGCGCGCGUCCAGACACUCGCCCGCUACCUCGCUGCGCGCUGUCACGAGCGCGAUCCGCACAUGUUCCCGCCGGCUGGAGGGGUCCCGACCGAGACCGAGGUGCUUGAGGCGAUCGGGUGGGCGCCGAGUCAGACGGGCGGGGUGAAGAGGAACUGGGAGGAGGAGCAGUGGGAGAUGUCGGAGGUCAAGGACGACUUCAAGCAAGUGAUGCAGAAGGGUGCGAAGGAGUGGGAGAAAUGGUGCAAGGCGUUCGAGAAAAACCCGAAGAAAGCGUUGAAGAAGUAGUUCCUUACAUCUUGGCUGGAGCUCAUAUGACAUAGACAAACUUGAUGCAACUGUCUGCACCACAUUUUGAAGUGGAUAUAAGAGACA